GAGUGAGGACAUUUAUGAAAAAAAAGUAAUAUAGAUUCCUAUUUAGAGCUUCUGCUAGUGCUACAUGAUCCACUCGAAUAUGUGUCUAGCUGAACAAUCCCAGCAGUUCAAAGCUUUCCUUGGAGUUAUAUUAUGCUUCGCAUAGCAUCAAUACUUGUGGAGCUAAUGAUUGUGCAUUCGAAGAUUCAAAUUUUAAAGUCGUGCAUGCGUUAAAACAACUUUAAAACGUAAGACGGCAAAAACGUGCUGAAGUGCCCAUGUAGUCUGUGUAUAUUGAAUAAAAUUAAGGUGCAGCAAAUGAGAACGACACGUACAUUUUUUUUAGGAUAAACUUUAACAUAUAUAUAAUUGGAUCAUAUUCUCUCAUUGGGGGUUAAUAUAUGGUAUCCCAUAAUUGAAUUUAUUUUAUUAGAUUUGCUUCAAAGAUACGUGAGUCCACGACUCUACUAGCCUUGAUCAUAGCUUUGCAUUUUGAAGUCUAGCCAUUGUUAAAUUCCUCCCCAUUCGUUUUGACAGUAUAAAACUAUAAAUUAUGUAUUAAUUUUAUUUUGUUUUUUUGAAUAUAUGUAUUCAUUUGCUAAUCAACCAUUUAAUUCAAAUUAUUUAUAAUAGGUAAUAGCUAUUACGUAAAAACACUAUAUAUAUAUUGGAUAUUAAACAUCUCCAAAAUUUAAAUAUGAUCUUGAUGAUAUGCACAGAUUUAUGGACUCACUACGUCAUUCAUUGAACUUUGCCGGUAGGACGCAAGACAACCUCACCAUUACUAAAAUUUAAUAAUGCCAAUGUGACUGGUGUAGAGGAUAAUAUUCUAAAGUGAUAAUCGGUUUUAUACACACAAAAUGGGCUUUUCUUAAUAAUUUGAGUCCACUUGAACUUAUAAUCUCAUGCCUCAGAUAAACACCAACACAAUGUAUAUAGAAAGACUUUGAAGUUUGAAAGAUUUGUGUAUUUUGAUUUAUGGAUAAGUGUUGAAUAAGAAAGAAAAUAAUCAAUGAAAAAUAUUUAUCUCCAGCUCGAUCUAUGAUACAUACAACAUAUAAGUUGUAUCAUUGUAAUAUAUGAGGGAUUAUGGUAUUGUUGUUGACAACUUCCUCGAAUGAGCACUUUUCCUACUGGAUCUGAUGAAAGACUCUUGAGCCUAUAACAACUCUUGGCCCAUCUCAUCAACACAUUAAUCCGGUUUGUUUCCUCGCAAAUUAAAACGAUUAUUAUUUUAUUAUAUGAAUAUUCCAAAUGUUGAUAAACUUUAGUUGUACAAAAAAAAAAGAUAAACUUUAUACAAUAUUUUAUUUGAAAUAAUAAUUUGAAUGAGUCUUCAGUAUUUAAAAUACUUAUCUAAUAAAUAGUAUACAUAUAUGUGUAUUUCUUAUAUUUAUAAUAUAUUAUAGUUGACAAAGAAGUUGAUAUUAAUAAAAUAUAUAUAUUGGUCUAUAGUUUAUUCAGUCAAUUGAUGUAAGUUGAGUGUGUUGUUCGUUCGUGCAUCUUUGAAAGUGACCCAUAAUUACCAAAAUACUUUUUUUUUUUGUUUUGAGAUCUUACGUUCAAAUUCGCUAAAAUAUUGAUAUUUUUAAUCAUAAAUUAAUAUAAUAUAUUUGAAAUAAAGUUUUAUAAAUCUUAAUCAAGUAUAAAACAUUAGAUAACUAAAUAAUAAAAUAAAUAUAUUUAAUGAUUUUGAUAAUUAUUAUUUGAAAAUAAGUAUUUAUUGUGCUAGAAACUAGUUUUUCAUCAUAUAAAUUUAAAAAUUAAAAUACUAUAUAUAUAUAUAUAUUUAUUGACUUACCAGGAAGAAAAUCUAUAUUAAUAUUUGAUUAUUUUCAAAAUAAUACAUUCUAAAUGUUUUUGACUAAAUGAAUAUUUUAAGCUUUUAUAUAAUACAAAAUAUUUCAUUUUAAUAAAAAAUUGUUAUUCACUAUAAGUUUGAUAUUUUAAACGUAUUAGUAUUUUUAUGGUAUAAUAUUUUUGAAUUGAUAAUGUUUAUACCAAUAAAUAUUUUAAUUAUGUUAGUGUGACAACAGUAGGAAUAACAUGAAGACAAAUAAAAUAAACAAGGAAGAACAAAAUUAUAGGAAUAUUUUAUUAAAUUAUAAUCAGUAAUAUAAUCUAACAAAUAAAUAUAAUUAUUCAUUAAGGAUAAUAAUAAUAAUGUAGAUAGAUAGAUUUCGUUGUCAAAAUAAAGUUACAUACUAAUUUCUAACUUAUCUCAUGGAUUAAGAAUAUUUUUUCCAUAUUUAAUAGAAUAGAUAUACAUAAUCGAUAAUUUAACCUGUGUUUAAAAAACAAAAAUUCCAACUAACUUCCAUUAUUGAACUAUACCACCAGGAAUUUAAAAAUAAGAGGAGAAUCUUCUUGUAAGCGAAUCUGUUAUGUAAGAAGAGGUUGUACCCGACAAAGACAUUCAUCCUUCUCUGUUCCCGCCGUAACUAAUCUCCUCAUCUUUGCAAAGAAAUCGUCUCUGUUUGAAAACUUGCGAUGGGAACAUGGAAGAAGAAAAACAGUUAUACGAACAAAGUUAGCUACAUAUCAGUCCCAGCUCAGAUCAUAAAGUCAGUUUCUUCCUCGUCUCUUCGAGACAAUAAAUCUUCAAAGAGGAACACGACCAAGUUCUUGUUUCUUCUCCUCAGAAACCCAAAGCUCUGGGCGUUCUGUCUCCUCUCGCUUUCUGUUUUAGGAAUUGUAUCACGACUUGGUCCUUGUCUUUCUCCUUCCGGUCCACAUCAAGAAAGUCAACUUCAGAGCUCGGAUUCAAUUGCGUAUACCCGAUCAAACAGUACUCAUGCUGAGAUUCCGAAUGCAGAUGAUCCAUCUUUAGAUAUGAUUCCAAAACCACCAGUGGCUGUUGUGGAGAAGAAUGAGACCUUUGGUGGUGAUUCAAAGCUGAUCAUCACCUCUAGACAUGCUUUUUGGAAACAGCCUGAUGGAUUAGGAUACAAGCCGUGCCUGGACUUCAGCGCUGCGUACAGGAGAGAGAGCAAGAGGGUUGUUAGAGAGAGGAGAAAGUAUCUGAUGGUGGUUGUCUCCGGUGGGAUGAACCAGCAGAAGAAUCAGAUUGUGGAUGCAGUUGUGAUUGCCAGGAUCCUAGGUGCUGUUCUUGUCGUCCCAGUAUUGCAAGUCAAUCUAAUUUGGGGUGACGAGAGUGAGUUUUCAGAUAUAUUUGAUUUAGAGAGAUUCAAGAGUGUUUUAGCAGAUGAUGUGAAGGUAGUUUCAUUGCUGCCGGCAAAUAAAAUAAUGACUAGACCAACAGAAGAUGGUGGUAUGCCUUUCAAUGCCUCUCCUCAAUGGAUACGUUCACAUUAUCUAAAACGAUUUAACAGGGAUGGAGUUUUGCUUUUAAGGAGAUUGGAUUCAAGAUUGUCUAAAGACUUACCCUCUGAUCUCCAGAAGCUUCGUUGUAAGGCAGCAUUUGAAGCACUGAAGUUCUCGCCAAGGGUGAUGGAGUUGGGGAAGAAGCUAGCAGAGAGGAUGAGGAGCAAAGGUCCUUACAUUGCGCUUCAUCUUCGGCUAGAGAAAGACGUGUGGGUGAGAACAGGCUGCCUUACUGGUUUAAGCUCAAAGUAUGAUGAGAUUGCAAGACUAGAAGGGAUCAAACGGCCUGAGCUCUUAACAGCCAAGUCUAGCAUGACACCUAAUGAGAGGAAACUCGCAGGUCUAUGUCCGUUAAAUGCCAAGGAAGUAACAAGGCUGCUUAGAGCACUUGGAGCACCGAGAGACGCGAGGAUCUACUGGGCGGGAGGGGAACCUCUGGGCGGAAAGGAAGCUUUGAGACCGUUAACAAGUGAAUUCCCACAUCUUUACAACAAAUACGAUAUAGCAUUGCCCCAUGAACUCAAACCUUUCGCGAAACGAGCUUCAAUAAUGGCAGCAAUAGACUAUAUAGUAUGCAAGGAGAGUGAUGUGUUCAUGGCAUCUCAUGGAGGGAACAUGGGCCGCGCGAUUCAGGGUCACAGAGCUUAUGAAGGACACAAGAAGCUUAUAACACCAAACAAAAGGCAAAUGCUCCCAUACUUUUUGAACACAUCAAUGACUGAGACAGAGUUUGAGAAGAUGAUGAAGAAAUUACACAGGCAAUCUCUAGGACAGCCAGAGAUAAGGGUUAGCAAAGCUGGAAGAGAUGUUACAAAGUAUCCUGUUCCUGAGUGUAUGUGCAAUAAUCAAUCCACUCCCACUAUUUAAAGCUUCUUUAUUGUUGCAUAUACGGUUGAAUACAGAUAAUUAUUUAUCAUUAAUAAAAGGGUUUAACAUGCUUCUUUUACUAAAGUUUCUACGCUUUAUUUUGGAACUAAGAUUCUAUCUUCUCAUUCAUUAAUAAGAAGCAUCAAACCCCAAUAGAUUGAACUGAUUCACAUAGAGGCAGAAACACAUGAGACGAUUCAUUUAAAAAGCUUAAUAAUUCAUAAAGCUCAAAAUCUUACAGAAAAUAAACAAAUCUUUCACCAGGAAACUUUGCAAGACACACCAAACUUAAAAGCUUAUUUUCCACAGUGUAUCAAACUGCCUGCACCUAGGAAUAGCCCAAAAAUUGCUGCGCUGCCGAGUGUUGUUUGCCCAAUGUACCUUAUCUUCAUAAGCCCAGGUACCUGCAGAACAAAAAAAAAGAAGGAACAAAUGAUCACCAAGUAGUGAUAUAAUACAAUCCCCCAAACGGUUAAUUUUAAUUGAGAUUUUUCACAACAAGAGCAGUUCUAGUCUUGACAUAAAGCGCUAAGACUUAGAAUUCAUCAUCCUCACAAGCUCAAAAAUAAACACAACAAGAGCAAAACAAUCAUAACUGAAGCGUUAGACCAAAAUAAAGUUCUCUAACACGGUGGUGACAUAAAUGCACAAGUCAAUUAGUUAAUGCUCAAAAGUGAAGACAGAGGCAUAAGACAACUAUAUCCAUGAGUGAGUAUGUAUGCAUUCACCAAGAAGAACCAAACAAUCCUAUGCAUAAUCCCCUCAGUAUUCUUUCCAGUUUCUCUCAUCAGAAUGUUUUAGAAAAAUAUUUCAUUUUAUU